GCGGACGCCCGACGAUAGCACCUCUGAGAAUCAACUUGAGCUGUACGAAGCGGAAGCUUUCACGUCUAGUUCUGAGGACCUACCUAUUAUUCGAAAAGAGAAACGAAAGAAUAAAACGCUUGCUUUUGUCAGCAUUAAGGUGUCUCUGGUGUUUCUGUUUCGUGUCUCUAUUGGGAUUUUUCUCACGAUUUUGUCCAAUGCAAGUUUUCUAUUAACAGAUUCUGGAGGGAAGCAAACAGAAGGUUGAGAAUCUUUUUCAAAUGUCAUUUUUUUGAUUAAAUCCGUUCCAAAAAAAGGAAAAAAAUCUCUGAACCGAAGUCUCUAAUUUCUUCAUCAACAACUCGUUUAGGGCUUAGUAUAAUAAAGAAUCUUAUCCACUUCAAAGUGGGCUUUGAUACGGGAUCGUAAAGUACGAAAAACCGAUGGCGAGAUUCUAUGCCAAGUUUAUAGAAAAAAAUUCAGUCAAGUUUAUGGAAGCCAAAUUCUUUUGUUCUUUGGAGAGAAUUGGAGUUGGGUACAAAGCCAGUACUAAUCCACAAGGCUCUAUUUUAUAUCUAAAAUUAGGCUUUAGUCAUGAGAUUCGACUUCAAGUCACGUCUGCAGUUCGCGUUUUUUGCUUCAAGCCCAAUAUCAUUUGUCGUACCGGAAUAGAUCAUCAAAAAGUAACUCAAUUUGCUGCCAGCAUCAAAGGUUGUAAACCUCCCGAAGUUUAUAAAGGAAAAGGUAUACAAUAUCGAAAUGAAAUUCUACAUAAAAAACAAGGAAAAAAAAAAGAAAUCAUGUCAUAUAUUUUAGGAACUAAUUUAGUGCCGAAUAAACAAGUAGAAAUUGCUUUAACUCGAAUCUUUGGACUUGGCCCCAGAAAAGCAAUUCAAGUGUGUGCUCAAUUAGGGUUUAAUGAUAACAUUAAAGUUAAUAAGUUAACUAAGUACCAAAUUGACCGAAUUCUCAAAAGAAUAAGUCAAAAUUCUUUAGUUGAUUCGGAAUUAACGAGAGUAAUUCAGAGGGAUAUUAAACAAUUGAUGAGUAUUGGUUGUUAUCGCGGUUUUCGCCAUAAUGCGGGAUUGCCCUUACGUGGUCAACGAACUCAUACUAAUGCUAAGACUUGUCGCAAAUUCAGAAACGUUUCGAUCAAUCAACUUCGUUGAU